UUCAACCCUGAUGCGAAAAGCAAAAAUAAGAAAGAAGAAUCAAAAUAAAAAGCUGUCAAAAAGUUAUAAAUCCACAAAAAAAGUUUUGAUAGGCGAUUAAUUAAAUCAGUGCAAAGAGAAAAAUAUACACCCUGCAUUAAUUUAUUCUUUACUGAUUACAUUCCUAUACUGGAUUCUACGUGGAAAAUCAGGGCGAGUGACGAAAAUCAUCAAAGAAGGUGGAUAAUUCCGGCGACGGUGCAGGAAGCGGCGUGGCCAAACAGCGUCACGUAAUGGCCUCGGUACGCAUCCCCGAGCAGAAAGUGAUCCUAUGUGGAGAGUAUGGCGUGGGCAAAAGUUCUAUCUUUCGGAGAUUUGCUACGAAUAAUUUUGUUACGGCAACGGAUCGGAAGUCCACCCUGGGCUUGGACCAUUAUGAUCGCAGCUUUGCCAUUGGCGACAAGGCUAUCAAGCUUCAGUUGUGGGACACCGGUGGCAUGGAGAGAGUUGCGUCCGUCACAUCAAGCUACUACAAAUUUGCUGAAGCUGCAUUGCUGGUGUUUGCGCUGGACAAUCCUGCGUCGUUCCAUUCGUUGUCGCAGCACAUGUUGGACGUGGUCACCUACGCAGAGAAUGCGAAGAUUUUUCUAGUCGGAAAUAAGGUGGACCUUGAGCAAACCGGUGAUCCGGAAGUGUCUGACGCGGACAUGGAAUCGUUCUGCGAACAGUGUCACAGUUUGAUCAGUGCCACCUUCAAAACGUCCUGCAAGACCGGCGAAGGGUUGGAGGAUAUGUUCCAGCAUAUAGCCAACAGCUUGGUGGAAUCGAACCGAUCGCGGCUGGAACUGCAGGCGCUGGAUACACACGGUUUCAAAAUCGAGCCACCGGAGGAGUUUGGAGAACCGUCAUGUCUUUGCUAGUAUUUCGUGCCCUAAGUGAUUUAGGGCAAUAUAAAACAAAAUUUAAUGGAUUGUAGCUGGGAAGAGCCGUCCGAUUUCGUAUUAGCGAUAUCCAUUUCGAGAGAAGGAGUUCUGCGUUGUGAUUCAAAAGUGAAAAUAUUGGACAGGAUCUAGAGAACUAUUUGCUUGCCUCGAGUGAUUGCCAGCUUUUGCAGUGAAGCAUGGUAGACAUAAGUCGGAGUGCCAUACACAACAGAAAUGAAAAUUGUUUAGAACUUAAGCAUUUCAUGUGUCUCCUAUUAUUUGGAUAUACAAAAUUGGCCGGAAUUGUAUUUAUUGGAUCAGCGAUUAAAAGCUGCAUAAUUGUAAAUUAUUUUAUUUGAUGUUAAAAACAAAAAUUAACGAAAACAACUAUCUGACUUAUAUACAACAAUCACUGAAAUAAUCUUCUUAAUACUUAGCUCUGUUUCAUGUAGGUCUAUGUAGUAAGCUCAUUUAUAAGCUUAGAAAAAGACUGGACAGAAAUUAUGGAAAGCCAGCUCACUUUUAAGAAAAAAUAAAAUAAAUAAAUAAACGAGAAAAACAAGUAUCUGCAGCAUUCAGCUACUGACAACUAAUAUAUUAUGAAAACAUGAUCCAAAAAUAUUAAACCGAUAAUCGAAGAAUAAUGGCUACUAAUUUUGUGAAAACAUAAUCUAAGAGCAUAUACCAAUAAUAUUUGCUAUAACAGAUACACGCUAUUGACGAAAUAUGUUUUAUAACCAAGUAGUUGGAGAAUUUUGAACGUAGUGUAGAACGUAGUUUUUGAGGCAUCAAUAAAAGUAAUCCAGUGAAAA